AUGGCACUAACGUUACGACUACUUUUACAACCAUCUCAGAAUGUGGUACCUAUCCCUCUCAGACCCAUCCCUCCUCUGAGCCAGCCAGACAGCCACAUGUCGGUCUCUUAUGGGGAUAAGUCCGGGGCUACCCUAAUGUUCUCGGGGAUAUUCCUGGGUCUGGUGGGCAUGACUUUCACAGACAUGGGCUGGCUCAAGUAUGGUGUCAGCUUCAGCUUCAAGUGGACCCAGCUGCUCAGCCCCAUUCUGCUCUCUGUAGGAGGCACUUUCAUCCUAAUCUGCAUCUGUAAGUUCAGGAUGCUCUCCUGCCGGGCAUGUAAGCAGAGCGAUUAUGACAAAGACCUGUCUGAGUCGCUGGAGAUCCCAGGGUCUGGCCAAUCAUUUGUGUUCAACUGGAUCAAUCAGCCAAUCAUGUUCCACGGAGCUACGGUGGGGCAGUAUAUCCCGGCUCUGUACGGAUCAGUGACACAGGAAGUGAAUCUAGCCAAUGGGCUCGUAGUGAGGAUGGAGCACCCAAACGAUGGAAAAGGAUCUGUGGAGGAAAGUUCUACCGAGCCUUGAUCACCUCCCCCAGCCCACAGAGCCAUUUACCCCUCUCUAACUGACAUUUUAGGGGAUUUCCCUGUCCCGAUGGAGGUCCGACCAAACGAACAUGCAAUAAUCCGCCCCAGUCGUCCAGGCUCAGCGGGUCCCAGAGCUGCAGCCCUCGCCCGGGACUCCAUGGCCUUUCAUCUCAAUCCCAUCCAACCACUCUCCAGCUUCCUCACAAGCACCACCACCCACACCACAGCCUCCGACCCUCAACCUCCAACCCCUGACUCCAUCAACACAGGUCUGGCUCCUGACAUUGUAUUACACAAGGAUUACACCAGUAACAAGAUGGUUGUGGUCUCUAAAUCCAUGUCAUUGUGUCACGAUCGUCGUAUUGAGUAG